CUGUGGAAUGACUGGCUAGCUGCCCACAUCCUCUCAAAAGGUACUUGGAACAGGCUAUGAGCCCCAGCAGGCAGGUCACCUCAAAAUUCUACUCACUAAGUGGGAUUCCAGAGCUCUCACGGCUCAGUCACAUUGAUUAAGUGUGGAAAAACACUUGGCAGGAAGAGCCAGCCACCCCUUCUGAUGAGUGGUCACAGGACCGUGACCUUCUAAACACCACUUACACUGUCAGGUCUGGCUUCUGUCCCUGCUGACUGCCACCAGCUCCUAACCACACCUUGUUGUUUACAAGCAAUACCUGAUACAGGGUCGCCUUCCCCAGCAUGUGUGGGUAGAGCCUAGGGUUUCAUUAUCUUGAGGUCCUAAGAUCCAACAGGGACCUAGACACAGAACUGAGGCCCGGAGACAUAUUUUAUUAGAAAUAGAGAGCUCCAACUAUUCCUUCCUCAGGACGCAGAGCCCCUGGGACACCACCUGGGUGGGCUUCCCCUAGGAUUUCAGCCAUCUCGGUUCCCCUAACCAAAGCUCUCUAAUAUUGCCAAACCCCUCAGGGCAAGUAGGCCCUCAUCUGGAAGGAAGAAAAACAGCAACCCAGAGAGAGGUAAACUGUACACACUCGACAGGGUGGAGUCUGGAAUGUGGGUUGAGUGUUCCGUCCUUUGGUGGGAGCUCAUAUUUUAUGAGAGAUGAGAGUCACCAAUGCCUUUAGAGGCCACUGCCUCCCCUCAGCUGAGAGGAGCAGAGCCCAGGCUGGGAAUCCAGCUGCUUAUGGGUAGGAGCUUGUUUAAGUCGUGAAGUCCUAGCCGGUGUGGACAGAGGUACCCCCAACAGAUACCUCCAUUGACAGGAAGCUACCAUGUAACCUUAGGUUUUCUCCUGUAAUCUUGAGGUCUCCCUGAGGAUCCCACCCGAGUUCAUCCUGUGAUUCUACCAGAUACAGUGGCAUUUGACAGGCUACCUCAAUCAGAGUACAGCUGGGAGAUAGCUUUUGCAUUGACAGGUCCCCCAUUCUUGUGAUCUUGUCCUCUGCUGGCUGUGGAGCAAACCGGGCAGCGGCCUCUGUGGGCCCAGUCUCUGGAGCUGCCUGAGCCAACCAUGCAGCCCUUGCCCACUGGGGCACUCCCAGAGGAGGUGGCAGAGGAGACCCCUGUCCAGUCAGAGAGCGAACCAAAGGUGCUGGACCCUGAGGAGGACCUGCUGUGCAUAGCCAAGACUUUCUCCUACCUUCGGGAAUCUGGAUGGUACUGGGGUUCCAUUACAGCCAGUGAGGCCCGGCAACACCUACAGAAGAUGCCAGAGGGCACAUUCCUAGUACGAGAUAGCACCCACCCCAGCUACCUGUUCACGCUGUCCGUCAAAACCACCCGUGGCCCCACCAAUGUACGCAUUGAGUAUGCCGAUUCCAGCUUCCGACUGGACUCCAACUGCUUGUCCAGACCUCGAAUCCUGGCCUUCCCAGAUGUGGUCAGCCUUGUGCAGCACUAUGUGGCCUCCUGUGCCGCUGACACCCGGAGUGACAGCCCAGAUCCUGUUCCCACCGCAGCCCUGCCUGUGCCUAAGCACGAGGCACCUGGUGACUCAGCCCUGCCUCUCCCCAUGGCGACUGCCGUGCAUCUGAAACUGGUGCAGCCCUUUGUGCGCAGGAGCAGUGCCCGCAGCUUACAACAUCUGUGUCGCCUUGUCAUCAACCGUCUGGUGGCUGACGUGGACUGCCUACCGCUGCCCCGGCGCAUGGCCGACUACCUCCGACAGUACCCCUUCCAACUGUGACGGGGCCGGACACCCUGCCCUGCCUCACAUAAUUAUAUCCUGGAGCGGACACAGGCCCCAGCUGGACCUGGCUUCCUGCUGUCCCUCUCCAGUCAUCCUGGUGCCUGUAUACAUACAGAAGGUGCCAGCAAGAACAAGGCAGGUGGAAGAGGGAUUGUCACACAACUCCGAGGUCAAUGCCUCCAGGUCCCACAUGGCUCUUUGUGGUGAAGCUACGUGGCAGAGAAGAGACAGACAGGCAGGACCUUGUCUCACCCUGGAGGCUGGACCCAGGCCUCCAUUCACUGGUGUGCCCUAGCCACCCGAACUCUAUAUUUCCUCCCAGCCCUGGUUUCUCAGUCUGCUGGGUAGGGCAGGCCCCCUGCCCAACUAUAGAGCAGCCAGCCUGUUUCUGGGAGAGUAUCAGGCAGAGGCACUGAGGUUGAUAGUGCCAUCCCUUUGGGAGGAAGCAGGCCAGCCUGGGGGGCUACACAGUUAUACAGUAUUUAUUUAUUUAUUCUCCUUGUGGGGGUUGGGGGUGGGUUAAUGGCAUGAGCCACCCCAUUUCUCUGCCCUAAGGCCUGGGUGGUCCAAAGAUCCCCAGCUCUGGUUCUUCCCUGUGGAGACCCCCAUCCCCAGAUGUAUUGUUGGGCCCAAAGCCGUCCUGAAUGUCCUGGCCCUGACCACCUGCAUAUGGAUGUGCCCACUCUCUUUUCUCCCUAGCCUCUUUUGGGAGGCUGGGUAACCAGACAGACGGGAGCCAGAAACACAGAGCUCACACUCGUCUCCUCACAUGGCUUCCUUCACAGAGCUGGCUUCUCUGUGGUGCGGUCCCUGCAGAGGGGCAUGUGCUGGGUCAGGAAGGGGAUGCUGGCUCAAGGGCUGCUCUGGCAGCUCUUUUGUGUCUGCUUCCUGACCAGGAAGUCGCCUGCAUGUGAGAGAGCGAGAAAUACAUACCUAACGAGACUUUAUAAAACCAUUAUUAUAACACAAAGACCAGCUUGGUAGUUUUUCUUCCACUGACUUUUCUGUAGUGAUAAUAAAAUUAUGCCUUCCAUUUA